UAACGCUCAUGAUCCUUCCUGUUGUAACCGCCAGAGGAGGUCCUUAUAUGGUCAUUCAGGUGUGACUGCAGGUUUACAGCCUGUCUGACAUAACGGAGACAGGCAGAACUCCAACUUUACCCCCUCAGUGUAAAGAGCAGCGUCUCACGGAGGAAGAAGCAGAAAAAGUAGCAGAAGCAGCAGGGAAGACAGAUGGAUCACAGGAGGGACACCAACAGGGCCGUGCUGGUCUCUGUGGAGCAGUUUGAUCCAGGAGUGGUUCUGGGAAGGAGACCCGGAGCCGCCAAGGACGCCAAGAAACUCCACCGUACCCUGAGCCAGGUGGGCUUCAAGGUGGAGAUCCACAGCGACCUGAGCGCGGAGGAGAUCUACCAGCUGUUCCUCCAAGAGAGCAUGCGGCCUGUGAAGAACUGCUUCCUGGCGGUUUUGUCCUCUCAUGGAGACGAAGGCUGCAUCUUUGGAGCAGAUGGGAAAGCUGUCAUUCUGUCUCGUAUCUUCACAUAUUUUGACAAUGAACGUAUGGAGAAAAAGGCCAAAGUGUUCCUCAUCCAGGCCUGUCGAGGAGCUGGUCUGGAUGAUGGUGUUGAGGUGGAUUCAGCUAAUGACACCAGAGAGUGUAGCGUGUCUCACCAUCUCUCUGUUCCCAUGGAUACAGCUGUGAUGUAUGCAACACCGCCAGGAUACGGAGCCUUCAUGCACCCUCUAGGGUCCGUCUUCCUCCAGACAUUCUGCACUUUAUUAAAGGACGGCGACAACCGUAACCUGGAGCUAACCCGCCUGAUGACCCGCCUCUCCCACAUGGUGGCCUACAGCUUCCAGGCCAGAGGUGGUGCGCUGGGUGGGAAGAAGGAGAUGCCUUGCUUCCUGACCCGACUGACCAGAGAAGUGUUCCCCUUCGCUGACCCAUCGGCAUCGUCCCUGUGCCCCGACUAUGAGUUCGACUGCAAGUCUCGCUUCCAAGACAAGUCAAAUAUCGAAUGAGAUAUGCUGCGAAUGUUGUGCUAUUUAUGAAAAAUGUACCCUGUUUAGGAAAAGAAUUAUUUCCAUAUUUAAUAAAUAAUCUCCAAACUGC